CAGUUUCAGAGAACUCUGAGAAGUCUUGGCUCCGACGGCGACAGACGACAGACUCGAUGCGUGAUGCCUCCCCUCGCAUGCAGCCCUCAGCGGCAUGGUGUUGACACGCUCCGUUUCUGUCCCUUGUAGAUUGCCUUCAAAGCUUCGAACCUCUGGGCGUUCUCUGUGCCAGUUUGAAUUGACAUUGGCGGCCCAGCAAAGACCUGCAUUUUGCCAAAGCAGCGGUCGGCGGAAGCAGUCACAGGGGAUUCUGGAGCAUCUCCAAAGCCGGGCAUUCAGCCAGUCAGGGACCGGCUUGGUGAAGGAACUUCUUUCGGCCGCCUCUGCUGGCACUGGCGCCAUUCGCAAUAGCGCAGAGCCAGUGACAAGCGAGAAAGGCCCUGGCAGGGGGCGGCGUUUCCUCCCUGCAGUUCCGGCACCUAGAAAGCACGAGAGUGCACCGGGCGCAAUGAGGGUGUACCUGAUCUCGGACAUUCACACUGACCAUGAGGAAAACUUAGACUGGAUCCGGGACCUGUCUCCGACCUCCUUCCUCAACGACGCGCUCAUAGUGGCGGGUGACAUCAGCGAUGACGUCUCCAUCUUCGAGGAAACAUUCCGCAUCCUCCGGCCCAAGUUCGCCCACGUGUUCUUCACCCCGGGGAAUCACGACCUCUGGCUUCGCUCAAACAAGGCUCCCGUUUCACAACCCGCUGCAGAAUCCGUUGCCAAACCCGAAACUAAAGCCGGUUCCGAGACGAAUCCCGAGAACAACUCUACCCCCCGGACUGGCGACGGAGUCGACUUCAAGCCUGAAGGCAACUCUGAAACGGCCUCGGCUAACGCGUCAGAGCCCAGUCCUCGCGACUUAUCUCGUACGGUUUCGGACACAGCCCGAGCAACAGAAGCGGUGUCCGGAAGGUCUCCUGAGCCUGCGUCCGGCGCUGUAUUGGGAGUAGAUGCAAGUGCCCCCCCGGAAAACUCGCUGAGCAAGCUCGCAGUGCUCUUCAAGAUCUGUCAGGAUCUGGGGAUCGACACGCGGCCCAAGUUUCUGAAACCGGAGGAAAAGUCAGGUCAGACCAGAAAGGGCGGCAGUGCUUCAGAGAACUGCGGGGAAGCAAGUAAGGAAAAAGUUCUACAGGAGCCGGCGCUGGGGAGAGGUCCCGUCAAUGGCGGAGUAAGCGGGCAGCAGGCAAUUGUAAAUAGCCAGCGGAAAGAGCCCGGUGGGUGCGGUUCGACUGGACUUUCUGAGCGGGCAGAUAUUGAUGCAGGCAUUUCUGCGAGUGUAGAUAAUCUUAAGAGUGUUGCUAGCACGCAUAGUCAGGUCGACGAGCAGGAGCGUAACCCGGAAGCUGGAAUCCCGGAGCGGGUAGCAAACUGUGCGGAGCCGGUCGAGGGGAAUGUCCGACCGUCUUUGACAGGUAGAAGAGAACCGCAGCGAUCCGCUCCAGGGGCCGGAUCGAACGGUGCCUGUGCCGAAACCGAGGGGCGAACGACGGAAGCGCGAGUUGCAGAACCGCUGUCGAGCGUCGACGAGCGAUUGACGAGUGCCGAGGAGUGGGUAAGCUCCCAAACGGGCGGUUUCGGAGAGGGUGGAAUCGGAAGAAGGGAAACCGAGAACGGGAUAAGAUGGGGGGAAAACCAAACCCGGACGGAAGAGAACGGAGCUCGGGCAGAUGCGUGCGGAACUAGGGGGGGCGGAGCCGGAACCAGCGAGGAAAAGAGCAGAAGCAGGGGGGGAGAAAGUGGGACACAAGGGGGAGGGGAUGGUCCGGGGGGGUCCGUCUCCAAGGGGAGUUCCGGCCGAGACAGCGGAGUAGCGGAAGAGGAGCACGGGGUGUGGGUGGUGCCGAUUCUUUCUUGGCACCAUAUAAGCUUUGAUACCGAGCCCGACAUUCCGGGUUACAACAUCCCCCCUAUUGAAAAGGUAGCGAAAGACCACAAAGUCUGCAAGUGGCCCGCCGGUUGGGACGCCCGGACCGAAUCCGUGGCACGCGCGUUCGACGAGAUGAACCACGAGCUGCACCGGGGUUUCGACCCGACCUCCAACCCGGGGUGCCACGUCAUCACGUUCUCACACUUCCUCCCAAGGUUGGAGCUGAUUCCCGAGAAGCGCUUCCUCUUCUACCCCAACCUCGCAAAGGCCGUUGGGUCGCACGCGCUCGAGGCGCGCGUGCGAGCCAUCCACGCGGCGGGCGCUCCGGGUUGCCACUUAUUUGGGCAUACGCAUUUCAGCUGGGACAUGACGCUCGACGGAGUCAGGUAUAUCCAGGCCCCGCUCGCGUACCCCCGGGAGCGCAAGCGGCGCAUGAACGGGGGCGACGACUGGCUGCCGCUGUGCGUGUACGACUCCAGCCGGGGGGGGGUGCUGACGUCAGAGAACCGGUGUGACUGGUCGGACUACUACAAGACGCACGCUCGCGACCCAGACAAUUUCGAAUUCGCUCCCUGGGUGGCGAACCUGUGGAGGCCCAUCCGGAAGAAACCGGAGUCAGCGGGAGAGACUUGAAGGAGGGGGGUCCGAUGAUGUCAGAGCUCCGGCGUCAGCAUGACGUCGAUUAAUUCAGACUGCAAAGUUCAAGCACCGAAUUCGUGAAGUAAUCACUGGGGCGGAUUCUGCAUCCUGGUCGAUCUUGGCCGAUCCACCGGGCAUGUGCCAGCGUCGCCUCUGUAAAAUAGUGCAGAAAAGAUCGGCUAGUUUGAGAGUGUAAGAUAGGGGUUGGUAGGCUCAGCCGGGCAGUGUAGAGCGAAAAUACCCGCAAGAGCUUCUGUGUUGCGUUGACUGCAUAGGGCACGCGUUUUGAGUCUGCCGCGCAGGUUGCGAGUCUAUUGUAGGAUUCAUUUCGUGGCGAGCAAGGGCAUACGUAAAGGCCGUCGGAUUGCUGGACCACAGCGUGUUGAACAUCAUUCCACCCACUCUGGGAGAGACACGUCGAAAUUUUGGAUCGCUUGUUGAGAGACAAGCGGUACGUGCCAUCUUGACUACUUGAAACCGACUGUUUUGACAAGACAGAGAAUCCGAUUGAGAG